AUGUCGUCUUCAGAAGGUGCACCCGAGUCAUGGAUCUCCUCGUUCUGUUCGUUGAUGGGCCAUGAAUUUUUCGCCGAGGUGUCGGAAGAUUUCAUUGAGGAUGAUUUCAACCUGACGGGUCUGCAAUCGCAGGUGCCGAUGUAUAAGGAGGCUCUGGAGAUGAUCCUCGACGUGGAGCCCGAGGAUGACGAAGAGGAAGAGGAGGAAGAGGAGGAGGAGGAGGAUGAAGACGAUGCACUUGGCGAUCAACCGGUAUACAGACGAGCGGGCGAUCGGCGACACGCUCGCGUGGCCAGCGAUCUCAGCGUCAUCGAGAGCUCCGCCGAGCUCCUAUACGGCCUCAUCCACCAACGCUACAUCACCUCCCGGCCCGGAAUCCAACAGAUGCUCGAGAAGUAUGAAAUGCAGCAUUUCGGCACCUGCCCCCGCGUCAACUGCAACGGCUGCAAGGUCCUGCCCGUCGGCCGAUCCGAUACCCCCGGCCAAGAGACGGUCAAGCUCUUCUGCCCGGGCUGUCAGGACAUCUAUACCCCGCCCAACAGCCGUUUCCACUCCGUGGACGGCGCAUUCUUCGGCACCACCUUCGGCUGCCUGUUUUUCAUGACCUUCCCGGACCUGGACAUCGGUCCUCGGCUCGACGCCUCGCUCUCUCUCAUGUCCCCGCGCGCCCAAACGUCCCGCACGGGCUCGGUGACCCGCCCAGCCGCGCGCCCGACCUCCCCGACCCCGGAAAAUCAACCGCUGGAGAUCAACGGGGUCCGCACGCCCAACCUCUGCCCGGGCCUGGGGAAAGGCAAGAUCUACGACCCCCGUAUCUACGGCUUCAAGGUCUCGGAGGUGUCGCGGGUCGGCCCGCGCAUGAAGUGGCUCCGGUCGAAACCCAAGAAUGUCAUUGAGCUUGACGAGGCGUGGAAUCAUGAGCAGCAGCUGUCCCCGGGGGAUGACAAGGAUGGGGAUACGGAAAUGAAUCCGGAGCAGUUGCAAGAUGCGGCCAUUGCAAAUCGCAAGAAAGCGCCUAUGCGUCGGCGGCGCAACGUCGCGGCAGAUCCGAUGGGGGUGCACGGGCGAUAA